AUGCAGCCCAACGCAGCGCGACCUUCGCUGGCGCGGACUCGCGGGUUGCCCUCCCUGCCGCUGCGGCCCGCCCCGGGAUUCGGCGCCGCUCAGAGGGCCUCGCUGGCGAUCGUCCCCGGUCUAGGUGGUCGAUGCCGCGUGACCGCCCUUUCGGACAAGCCGCGGGCGUCCACCAAGCGAGAGGGGCCUGCAGGGCCACAGCAACAAGGCUCCACGCCUGCCGCCUCCCCUUGUGAUUGGAUCUCUUCCGUUGGCAGCUGCAUCGGCAAAGCCGUCGUCGCUGCGGGCGUGGCUGGGAUACUGGCGAUGGGGCAGCCGUCAGCUGCGCGGGCGGACGACAUUGUCAGGUUCCCUGCUUCGGGCAAUCCACAGGUCUUCACUGCUCAGAAGACACUUGUUGAAGCAUGGACAAUUGUUCGAGAGGGCUAUUUCGAUGAAAAUUUUGGUGGGAGGGACUGGGAAGGCGAACUGCGGAAGCACAUGACGAACGCUUACCAUGCUGACAAUGGGGACAGGGCAUAUUCCGAGAUCGGCCAAAUGCUUGCAGGGCUAGGCGAUCCUUACACACGUGUCAUACCCCCAGAGGAGUAUGCAGAUUUUCGUGUGAGCUCUGAUGGUGAGCUGCAAGGCGUUGGUUUGUUGAUUGCCUUGGACCCUGAGAGUGGCAAGCUGGUGGUGCUGACACCCAUUAAGGGGGGUCCAGCUGACAGGGCUGGAGUCCUGCCAGGGGACGAGCUGCUAAGUAUCAACGGAGAAUCCACCCAGGGCUGGGAUGGUGCACGUGCUGCAAGCAAGAUGCGCGGCACAAAGGGUUCGUUGGUGACGGUCCAGCUUGCUCGGCGAACAGACCAAAUACCUGGUGUGCCAGGUAUACCAGAGCCGGCCCCUGAGGUCCAGUUUAAGGAGCUCAAGAUCAAGAGGGAUGUUGUGGAAUUGACCCCUGUAUACGCGACGGCUGUGAAAGUGGAUGACGCGACAGUCGGGUACAUCAAGCUUGCGAGCCUCAGCAGCAAGGCAGCUGAGGACACCAGCAAGGCAAUCAAUGAAUUGAAGGGCCAAGGUGUCGACGCCUUCGUGCUGGACCUGCGAAACAACCCAGGAGGGCUCGUCCAGGCUGGUCUGGACGUUGCCAGGCUGUGGCUAGACGGCGCUCCAACCAUAUUCGAGGUGUCGGGCCGGGGCACGGAGCCAACCAGCGAAGUGGCCCUGCCCCUUGGCAGCGCUGCAACAGACAGGCCCAUGGCUGUGCUGGUGGACCGUGGUUCGGCCUCCGCCUCGGAGAUCCUUGCUGGUGCGUUACAUGACAACCACAGGGCUGUGGUCAUUGGCGACAGGACUUAUGGAAAGGGGAAGAUUCAGACGGUGUUUGAGCUCCAGGACGGGUCUGCGCUGUUUCUGACCGUCGCAAAGUACCAGACGCCUGCCCACGCAGUUAUUGAUGCCGUGGGGAUCAAGCCGGACAUGGCAUGCGCCAAGCUGGCUAAGGGCACUGGCGAUGCUCCCAGGGCAAUGCCCAAUGGCCCAGAACUGGAGAAAGACAGCUGUUUCAUGACUGCAGAGAAGCAGCUGCUGAAGGAGGUGCAUCUGCAGCAGCACUGA